AAGAGAACAGCGAUAGAGUACUCACCUGUGUUCAGAGUUGUGGUUUAAAAUGGACGAAUAUCAAUAUCCAUUGUUCUUUGAAGCCAAAGGUCUGACAGACACAGAGAUGAAGAAGGUCAGUACAUACUUUCAGAUAAGACGAGUUUCUGGGGGAGGUGACUGUGCCGCAAUUCAAGCCAUCGGAGGUGAUAUCUACAAAAUCUGCUUCAAGGACAAAGAAGACCAGGAAAGAGUUUUGCAGAAGAAGCUUCACAUGGUCUCUUUACCUUCCGGAGAACGACAUCUGACCAUGAGCCAAACCGAUUCAUCACAGAAACCUGAUCAGCCGUCGACACCGAUGUUUACAAAACCAAACACAAAAGAAAGACAAAUGCGCAGGUUUGACCCAGAACUUCAAAUCCAGGCCCCCACGCAAGAAAGUCUGAACUUACCAUUUCCUGAACUGGUUGACUGUUUGGAUGAAGUCUUACAGCUGAUUGGCUUGAAACACACGAAAGUGAUGCUAAAAACCUCAACUACCCCAAAUCCUUGUGUGCUCCUGUCUGGUCCCCGUUGUCACGUAGAUGAGGUGAAGCAGGCCCUGACCUCGGCUCUGUCCCGCCUGACAUCAGACACACUAGUUCUAGAUGGACCAGGGGCUCAGCAGUACUUCCAGGCAGAGGGAAAAAUAUGCAAAGAUCUCAUACAGAGUUCCUCUCAGGUCCUUAUCAGGGAACAUCAGGGUGUGAACUCCCCGGAUGUGAGGAUCAGCAGCCCAGUCCCCAGCCUCACACCCAGGCCUUCAGAUGAAAGAUCUUGCCUCACCCCUGUCGAGAACAUUGCAGCCAACCAAACAAACCUGCAGAUUAAGUUUGGCAUGUUGGAGGAUCAACAGGUGAACGUGUUGGUGGUUCCCAUGCUCCACAAAAAGCUGACUUCAACUAAAGUGGGAAAGAAUCUGUUGACCAAAGCAGGGAACACACUGCAGUCAAACUUUGAUGCCGCUACUGCAAAUUGUACCGUCAACCCUGGAGAUGUUCUGCAGGUCGCUGCGCCUGCAUCUCUUGGCUGCAACAAGCUCUUCUUCAUUGAGUGUUUGCCCUGGGAUGGAUUCAGAGGGCAGAGUGUGCAGGCUCUGAGAAAUGGUCUGAAGAGAUGUUUGGACCUCUGUGUGCAGCAGGAAUUGAGUUCAGUUGCCGUUCCAGUGAUUGGACCUGGAAUCGCGUUAGGUUACCCGCUCUGUGCCGCCAUUGAAGCUCUGACUGAGAGCAUUUACCAGUUUGGAUCAUCGGGAUUCAUCGGUUCACUCUCCAACAUCUAUGUGGUCAUUAAACCUCGUUAUCCGGACUCUGAGUGCUACCAUGAUGUCUACAGAUCACUCAGCUUAAAUAUGAAGCAGGGAGGCCAAGUAAUCUUCAGGUCCACCCCCGAUGUCCUCACUCUGAUGGUCGUAGCUGGGGUCAGACUACACGUGGUGUUCGGUGACAUCACUCAUGAGACUACUGACGCAAUUGUGAACUCGACAAACUUCAAACAUUUUCCUAACUAUGGUGUUUGCAAAGACAUUCUAGCUGUAGCUGGACCAGCGGUGACGGCCCAAGUGAAAGCGGCAAAAGUGAUCAGAGGAUCAAUUUUCCAGACCGAGGGAGGAUCAUUCCCUUGCAAAGCCAUUUUACAUGUGCGUGGACUAAAAGACGCAGGCCUCAUUGAGAGUCUGGUGUGUGACCUGAUUCUACUUUGUGAGUCCUCUGGAUACAGGUCCAUAGCCAUUCCUGCCAUCUGUGCCGGACAAGGUGGAAUGGGCGCUGGUGUUGUAGCGCAGGCCAUUCUCCGAGGGGUUAAAACUGCUGCAUCGUCCACUCCCUUACGCUGCGUCACUGACAUCCGACUCGUCCUGAUUGACGAAAAAGUCUUCUUGCUCUUCAAAGAGGAGGCGUUGCAGGUGUUUUCCACUGAUGUGGUCGACAGAGACUUCACUCUCCCUCUGUACUGGGACAACAUGGCUGCCGGGGAGGAUAUGAAGGUGGUUACCCUGCAGGAGUCCUCCGCAGAGUACCGAUCAGUGGAGGAGGCCUUCAGACGAACUGGUUCCAGGAGCACGAUAACGAUCAAGCAUUUGCAGAAUGUCCACCUGCGUCGGGCCUAUGAAGCGCAGAGGAAACACAUUUCUGAUAAGAAUGCACACGUGGGCGCCGCAGUGGAAAAGGUUCUCUACCACGGGACGACCCAGGACAACUGUGACUCCAUCAUGAAAACGGGGUUCAACCGGAGAUUUGCUGGACAAAACGUGUCACUGCCUCAUGAACAACAGAACCCACAAAGGUCUGUGACCACCAAACCCAGUAUCCUCAGUACCAGCUUCGAGACUCAGCAGUCUGUCUUCCUGUUACUGGGUCUUUGUGGUAAGAACGUCUCAGAUGCCAAGAUGAAGCUGAAGCAACUGUAUCAGGAUCAGUGCUUGACUCAUACCUUCACGGCCGAGGAGGUGGGAAGCCUCUCAGAGGACGACAUCAUGCGUCUGCAGCAGCUGGUGUAUAAGGAGGGUCUGCAGAUUCAGUCUGGCCAGGGCAACAUGACUGUGAGCGGGUUAAAAGAUGGGGUGAACAGUGUGAUGCAGAUGAUUAAAGAAUCUCAGUUAAGCAGCCUCAGGAGACAGGUAAUAGUCAGGGAGGAGGAGGAUUUGCAAAGUCGUGUGGCCUGGUGCAUCCUGGGAAGUAGCGGCAACUGGGAGAGACUUCCCAAAACAGCCAAUCACAGACUGGAACAUAACAACCUAGUGGGAGACAUAAUGGAUGAACAGAGCGACCAGUGGACCGUGGAUCUACAGAAGAUGGAGGCCACAAGACAAGUAACUGGAGAGACAAGAAAAAUAAAACGACUUGAGAAUCUGCCGGACUUCACUCUCCCUCUGUACUGGGACAACAUGGCUGCCGGGGAGGAUAUGAAGGUGGUUACCCUGCAGGAGUCCUCCGCAGAGUACCGAUCAGUGAAGGAGGCCUUCAGACGAACUGUUCCCAGGGGCAGGAUAAAGAUCGAGCGCUUGCAGAAUGUCCACCUGCGUCGGGCCUAUGAAGCGCAGAGGAAACACAUUUCUGAUAAGAAUGCACACGUGGGCGCCGAAGUGGAAAAGGUUCUCUACCACGGGACGACCAAAGAAAACUGUGAUGCGAUCAUGAAAACGGGGUUCAACCGGAGAUUUGCUGGACAAAACGCAACUCACUAUGGUGAAGGAACCUACUUUGCCGUAAAGGCCAGCUACUCAGCCCAGCACAAAUACGCCAUGCCAACCGACGACGGCUCACAGCUAAUUUUUGUGGCUCAAGUCCUGACCGGCAUCUACACUGAGGGCAAAAGUGACAUGAAGGUGCCUCCUCCUCGCGACAUCCUGCUGCCACAUGACCGCUACGACAGCGUGGUGGAUAGAAUGGACAACCCCGGCAUGUACGUUGUGUUCCAUGACAACCAAGCGUACCCAGACUACCUCGUCACCAUCCUGGGCACGCCCAUGCCGCUGCGGGGGCAGGACUGGCUGGCGCAGCUGCAAAGGGUUAUAAAGCUGAGAAAGUUACAGUGAGCCAGUUCCAAACACCGUCAGCAGUGUUUGCAUCUCGUCGCGGUCACAUAACCUGUUAAUCAGCUGAUAUCUCUCCUCUGUUCCUUUUAAUGUCUAGAGUCUCAGAUCAAUGCAGCCCUCUGACAGCAGCAACCCCCUCAACAGCAAAUUGUAGCUUUGAGUUAUGUCGGCAUAUGAGCCUUUUUCCAUGUGCCCCUUUUGAAAUUUGAGCACCUGCCCCUCUAAAGGUCUCUGCACGGCCCUGUUCAGGCGACUGUGAGGGAAAGCUUAUGUAUUUUGCACUUUAACUGUAGAAUAAUGGUUUUGGGGUUUUUCAUUUCUUCAGUGAGGAAUUAUGAGUGAUUUGGAGUUUGUUUUUAAAGCCACAGUUUUUAUAUGUGAAUCUAAGCCUCAAUAAAAGAUGUUAAAUCACUGAUGGUGCCACUGUGAAGUUUCAGAUGUUGUAAAAAAAAGCAACACGACAACUUGCAUUCAUGCGCAGUCAUUGGGAAUGAAAUGGAAAACUCCACUGACCAUUGCUGUGACCUUGUGGCCUUAUUCGGUAAUGUUUUCUUCCAACUGCUACAGUGGACGGACACAGCAGAUAGACACAGAUGAUGAUUUCCUGUCUUUUAUUUGAUUUUAUGUUUCCUGAAACGCUUCUAUGUAUAAGUACUGGCUUUUUUCGACUUUGGGGCAGUUCCACUUUGGGCACCCGUGCUUGUUGUAUAACCUCUGCAGCGCUUACUAUUAAAAAAGACUCAAAGGCAA